UUGCCACACAGAUGUAAAACAGAACAAAAUUGAAAAGUGAAAAAAAAUUAAGAGUGGUCCUUUCCGAUCUAAUCGGAAAUGAGCAGGAGAACGUUGCGGCGGCAUCAUCCACCGCCAUGCAUCCAAAACUCCAUUUCCAUACCCUGCGAAGGCACCAGGCGCGGUCGCUUCCAAACGAUGGACGCAUAUCCCUUGGUCCGAACGAUGGAUUCACAUUGCGACCCCAACAAGGACAGGGCCAAUGGCUGGUUGGCCAGCUCCAUCGAGGCUGAUGGCCGUGGGCGAGCCUUCGACAUGGUCAAGGACAACGUGCUGCUCGCUUGGCAGCAGAUUCCGCACAAGGACACGUUGGGCUUCUAUGGCGUCGGCUCGCCCACCCACCAGCCCGAAUCGGUGGUGUUCAACCGGCUGAUUUCGUCCUGCCUGGCCAAGGUCAGCGGUGGCGUCUCCCGGCGGCACCGCCCCAAAAAUAUACAACCGCCAGAUCCAAAUAUUAUCCCAAGACCUCAGAUUGGCGAACCCUUCGUUCUCAAUCGCCAGGCCUUGCAAUCGGAGCUGCAGCAGAUGCCCCAUGUUCAACUGCAGCUGGAUCCGCGAAAAGCUUUGGAGACAUUUUAUUGUAAUGAUCCUUCCGAUCCACAUGAUCCCUUUGGAAUGAAGCGCCGGAUGGAGGAAGUGAUCUCCAGAAAUCAAGCCCUCAAAACGGAACCUAAGCCCAAAAAGAAACCACAUGGUUUGCGUCGUCGCCACUGGUAUUGUCCCAUGGACUGUGGCGAAGCUAAAAAUGUUUGCACUCAGUAUGAAUGGGACAAAUACAAACUGGAUCCACGUCCAUUAAACAGAGAAUUCAGGGAAUGGCUGCAGGAACAAAAGGAGCAGAAGAGCCCCGAGCCCAAGGACUACGAUGAGUUGCACAAGAGGUUUUUAAAGUGCUUUGAACCAAAACCUUCGCCUGAUCCGUUGUUCAAGAUCUACGAGGAUUGUUGCAAGCCCAAGAAACCAAAGGAAAAGGACAAUCAUGGAGGUGGUGAUGGACAUGGAGAUAAUGAUGAUGGUUUAAAGCACGGACCACCUUCCGGUGAAGAUGGUAAACCGAAUGGCGAAGAUAUUACCGAAACCGGAAAUGGAAAUGGCGAUAAAAUCACUGAUGAUGGAGACGAUGGAACAGGCGACGGAAAGGAUAAAGGAGAUCGCAAUAAUAAAGAUGGUGACGAAGACAAGGACAAAAAAGACACAAAAAAAGAUAAGGAUAAAACUAAAGACAUAAAUAAAGAUAAAGUUACAGAUGAAGACAAAAAUAAAGAUAAGGAUACAGAUGAAGGCGAAGACAAUGAUAAAGAAAAGGAUAAGGAUAAGGAUAAGGAUAAGGAUAAGGAUAAGGAUAAGGAUAAGGAUAAGGAUAAGGAUAAGGAUAAGGAUAAGGAUAAGGAUAAGGAUAAGGAUAAGGAUAAGGAUAAGGAUAAGGAUAAGGAUAAGGAUAAGGAUAAGGAUAAGGAUAAAGAUAAAGAUAAGGAUAAGGAUAAGGAUAAGGAUAAGGAUAAGGAUAAGGAUAAGGAUAAGGAUAAGGAUAAGGAUAAGGAUAAGGAUAAGGAUAAGGAUAAAGAUAAGGAUAAGGAUAAGGAUAAAGAUACAGAUACAGAUAAAGAAAAAGAAAAAGAGAAAGAGAAGGACAAAGACAAAGACAAAGACAAAGACAAAGACAAAGACAAAGAUAAAGACAAAGAUAAAGACAAAAAUAAAGACAAAGAUAAAGUCAAAGAGGAAGAUAAAGACAAAUACAUAGAGAAAGACAAGGAGAAAAAGAAAGGCAAAGAAAAAAACAAAGACAAAGAAAGAGGGAAAGAGGAAGAGAAACAUCAUGAAAACGACAAAGACAAAGGUGAAGAAAAGGAUAAAGACGAGGAGCUAUAUGAAGAUAAAGAUAAAGACAAAGGCAAAAAGGAUAAAUCGGAUAAAAAGAAAAACAAAAAUCUUAAACCGCCAAGAAAGUCCGAGAAAGGAAGGCCCAGUACGGUUCCAAAUUUGCCGUGGCCGAACGAGCCCCAAAAUCCCAGUAAUGAAAGUCCCACAGGUGAAACCGAUGUUCCAGCAGGAUACUUGGAAACGUUAGUGCCUGGGGAACCGAAAGACCAAUUAAUCGUACCACCCAAACGCAAGAAAAGGUAUAAGUGCAACAAAGAGGAUACGGGCAAGCGCAGGAAGUCCUGCAAACCGUGUCCGCCGCCGGGUUGCGAGUGUGGGAUCUGCCGCUUCCUGGAUCGCCGCGAUGAACCGGAGGCUCCCUUCAUGCGGGACAUGAGGCGGCAGGAGCAGAGACGCCAACAACGUGCCUACUACCGCCAAAUGUGCCACCGGGAAUAUAUGCGGAAUCGAUGUCGCGAGGAGGAGUACCGAGCACCCCCCCACAAAUGCGAUCCCAUCUGCUGCGACAACUUCCUGUGCCGCAAUCCCCGUCUCGCCGAGCACUGCGACUGCCUUGGAGCCGUACAGGAGCUGCAGAAGCUGCUCUCCGGCGCCAAGGAUCAACAGGAUUACGCCGGGCCGCUACAGUGCGUCGAAAAUCUGCGCAGGCGCGUCUGCCAGCGGAUCUGCGAUUGCAUAUUGCCAUAAACUAAAUCGGAGAGAAUUUCUUUUUUCUUGUUUCAGGUUAUUUUUUUUUUUGGACCGACAAUAUGUGUUGUAUGUA